CCUUAUCCGAUCGCAUUCUUUGCGGCCGUCUUCACCUCUCGUUCGGCGCGCCAUUCGCGCAACCUGCCGCUAUCCCGCUAUCCCGCUAUCUCGCUAUCUCGCUAUCUUCACAAUGGCUGGACAAUCCAAAGUCGAGGUACUGCCGCCAUGGGGCAAUGCCGUGGCUGGAGCUGCGGGUGCAGUCAUUGCAAACACGCUCGUCUACCCGCUGGACCUCAUCAAAACACGACUACAAGUGCAGGUCAAGCGCUCGCCCACGUCCACGUCUGUGAACCCCGCCGACCACGAGCACUACGACAGCGCUGUCGACGCGAUAAGGAAGGUGGUCAAGCAUGAGGGCAUCGCUGGUCUUUAUGCCGGCAUGGCAGGCUCGCUCCUGGGUGUUGCAUCGACAAACUUUGCCUACUUCUACUGGUAUACCGUCGUUCGCACACUCUACAUGGCGCGACGCGCCGCGGAUACGGCACCGGGCACAGCAAUUGAGCUGUCGCUCGGCGCCGUAGCUGGAGCCCUGGCCCAGCUGUUUACCAUCCCCGUCGCCGUCGUGACAACACGACAACAGACCAUGAGCAAGCAUGAGCGCAAGGGAAUGCUGGCGACCGCCAUGGAUGUCAUUGAAGGCGAAGACGGCUGGACUGGGCUCUGGCGCGGCUUGCGCGCCAGCUUGAUACUCGUCGUGAACCCGGCCAUCACAUAUGGUGCCUACCAGCGGUUACGAGAGGGCAUGUACCCCGGCAAGAAGACACUGAAGCCUUGGGAAGCAUUUCUCCUCGGAUCGCUGUCAAAGAUGCUGGCUACCGUUGCUACGCAGCCGCUCAUCGUAGCCAAAGUCGGUUUACAGUCAAAGCCACCACCAGCGAGAAACGGCAAGCCGUUCAAGUCCUUCACCGAGGUCAUGCAAUACAUUAUCCAACACGAGGGUCCCAUGGCACUAUUCAAGGGAAUUGGGCCUCAGAUCCUCAAGGGUCUGCUUGUCCAAGGAUUCCUCAUGAUGACCAAGGAAAGGAUCGAGCUGUCUUUCAUCUUGCUCUUCAGAUAUUUCCGACAGAUUCGGGCGGAAAAGCUACAGAAGCUUGCCGACAUUGCUGCACAAAAGGCUGGCAAAGUCGCGCCAGUUCUCGUCAAAUGAACUGGCCCACGGGGCCCUUCAUAUCUUGUUGUGUACACAUUUUGUUCCAUCUGUGAAAUAUUUGCAUGCCAGGGAUCUUUUUGGUGGUCAGAUGGAAGCGCUGCGUAAAUGCUGCGCCUGGGUUAUUUCGUCAAUAUAUACAGCGGAGGAUUUUGUCAGCUCAUCGAGAUCGUGUCUGUAUAUCCUACAACUAGCGCAGCCCAUUGCAUUUUGUCUUCACUAA